CAACAGAAAGGUACUGCUAUUUAAAAAGAGAAAAAAGAAGAAACAGAGGAGAGCGGGAUAAAAACACAUUUUUGGGAAAGAGGCUGACUCAUACAGAGUGAGAGAAAAAGAGGAAGUGGGACAAGACGGCAAAAAGACCGAAAAAAGUUUAAAAAAAAAACCCCAAAAAAGAAGAAAUCAGAGGUGAAGUGUGAAAAAAGAGAGGGAGGAGAGAAAAGGCGAGUGGUGACUUGUGGACCAAAGUGGAGGAGAAAUAAAGACUUGAAGCAAGGCAGGGAAAAGGGGAGGAUAGAGGAGCUCAGAGAAACGAGAGAGCCGGAGAAGCUGAGAGUGUGCCAUACUAACAGACAGCUGGCCUGGCAAACACAGAAAAAUGCACAUCUCCCUGCUGCUAAGCUGCUUUCUUCUGGCCGCAACAGAACACUUCCUCAGCUCCGCCUACAUGAUCCCAGAUGAGACGCUCUCCACCAACAGGGUUACUGUAUCCAACGCUUUGUCUCAAAACCUAGAAGUAGACUCACCGCCCGUGGUUAUUGUAGAGUUACCAAAAUCUGCAAAGAAGAGCAAGAAACCAAAGAAACAGAAAAAGAACAAAUAUGGUGCAAAGAAGCAUCCUCCUCCUCCCGCUAACUGCAUUUCCCAGUGGGAAAGCUGUAAAUCUCCAGGCAAUGUGUGCUGUGAUUAUUGUGCUUUCUGCCAGUGUCGACUCUUCAGAACUGUCUGUUACUGCCGGAUGGGUAACCCCCACUGCUGAACAGCCAGGGGCAGCCUGACACCUGUUCAAGGCUAAAGCCUGAUUUAGACUUCUGCGGGAAAUCUAGGCGCAGCCUACUACGUAACCUACAUAGGUGGCCGACACGGUUGCCAGCAUUUAUGCUUGUGCAGGUGCACGUGUGCUAAUUACCUUGUGAACUGGGACCAGUGUUUUCUGUGCAGUGCCGGCCAAUAGAAAUUAAGGAAAUGCUGGGACUUUUUCCCUCCUGCCCCCCCUCUCCUUUGUUGUGGUCAGUUUUUAUUCAGGGGCAAAUCUCUCACAUCCAGUCUGACAGUUUCAGCGGUCUCUCUCCAGGACAUUUGGGAGUCCUUAUGCUGAUGCUAUGAUUAUUAUUACUGAUUCUGAGAUGCUGAUGGUUAUUCUCUCACUGGUAAAUUAAAAACUGCAGUGAGAAAGUAGCUGGACAUGCACACGAGGACUCGACGGUGCUGAACAGGCCAAUCAGAAUCGCCGUGUGCUGCACGGCUCCGACGGUGCACGUCAGGUUACGCCGCAGGCUACGUCGUAGGUUUCUGCCGAAGCAUAGAUCCCCAGUACGAGAACAAAUCUGUAUGCUCCGGCAAUCCACUUGCAGUGGACGCUAUGAGAGGCCGAUCACCUUUGGUUUAUAAUUGUCCCUAAAAUUCACUGCAUGAAAGCACUUUAUCAGAGAGGAAGGACUGCACCACAGGGACCGCUCCUAAACUCUUACAGGGUGUGUGACGCUUACAGCACUGCUACGAAACUCUCAAAUAAAAGUUGUGAAGCACAUUUUUAUUUUUCUUUGAGCUCUGAGUAUGCAUAAAAAAUAAUUUACAUUCUCCAUCAAUACUGCUUUGUUUUUCACACGACUGCAAAACUGUAAUAUUUUUAUUAAGCUUUUGUAAGGAUUAAAUGUUUGUAAUAUUAAAGCAGUUUUAAGAAAAGUAUUGUUUGUCUC